UUCUAAUGAUGCAAUAUACCAACAAAAUAUCACGUGAGAUCACGUAUAGCUAUAUAGAUGAGCUGUGCAAUUCUGAAAUCAAAUAACGAAGCGAAGGAGAACGUGUAUCCGACUGCAAGAAGAUUUACCAUGAAGAUUUUGCUGUUUAGUUUUCUAGUUAUAGCUUUAAGUGAAGCUGUCACCUAUAGGGAUGUGUUCCAGGAAGAGUGGCAGUUUUUUAAAAGUCAACAUGGUAAACAGUACAAGGAUGUAACGGAAGAUCAGUUUCGCUUGAAGAUUUAUUUAGAAAACAGACACAAGAUUGCUCGUCACAACCAAAGAUUUGAAAAGGGUCUUCACAAGUAUCAGCUUAAGAUGAACAAGUAUGGUGAUUUGCUUCACCAUGAGUUUGUGAAGAUUAUGAAUGGCUUCAAGCGACACUACCGUAAUCUCACUCUGGAGUUAAACAGUGCCACCACCUAUCUGAGUCCUGCUAAUGUACUGAUACCUAAAGAAGUUGACUGGCGAAAGAAUGGCUAUGUGACCCCCGUCAAGGACCAGGGGCAGUGUGGCUCUUGUUGGUCGUUCAGUGCUACUGGAGCUCUGGAAGGUCAGCAUUUCCGGAAGACUAAGAAACUAGUAUCCUUGAGUGAACAGAACCUCGUUGACUGCUCUACUAAGUAUGGUAACGAGGGCUGCAAUGGUGGACUGAUGGACCAGGCUUUUCAGUAUAUUAAAGAUAAUCGUGGUAUUGACACCGAACAGUCUUAUCCCUACGAAGCUAAGGAUGAUGUAUGUAGGUUUUCCCAGAAGAAAGUCGGAGCUACAGAUACUGGUUACGUGGAUUUACCUAAAGGAGACGAGGAGAAACUAAAGGAAGGUCUAGCCACUGUUGGGCCUAUAUCAGUUGCUAUUGAUGCUAGCCACGAAUCUUUCCAGUUUUAUUCCUCGGGUGUUUAUGAUGAACCCGAGUGUAGCAGUGAGGAGUUAGAUCACGGAGUUUUGGUUGUAGGUUAUGGUACAAGUAAGGAAGGUCACGACUACUGGCUAGUGAAAAACAGCUGGGGCAAAACUUGGGGUGAUGAAGGAUAUGUGAAAAUGACCAGAAACAAAAACAAUCAAUGCGGAAUUGCAAGCCAAGCAAGUUAUCCACUUGUUUAAGUACACAACGUGAUUGGUUGCUAUAAAUAUGAAAAUGAAGGCCGUACAGUAAAUCAUAAUUAUUUACCAAUCGUUCAAUACAGAAUGCUGAAUUUUGUAAGGCUAUAGUUUACUGCUUCUGUAAUACAGUUCAGUUACGGUACAUGUAUUUUUAUUUUUCUUUUAAAGUUCCUAAUAGGCUUAGACAUCAUUUCUACUUAAGUUGUUCCAUUUAAUGAAGGUGCAUUUAAAUUUUGUAAUUUUUAUAUAUAUGUAUAUGUUUUGAUGGAAUAAAGUUGUCCUACAAACCUGUCAACCUA